UACAUCCAAUCAAUUGCAUACCAGAACAGAUACAUACAUACGGCGACUGAGAGUCGAGAGAAAAUGGCGUCCACAAUUCAUGCCCAGUUAUCUAGCACCCCUAUGAAAUUUAACCUUCAUCAUAAUUCUCACUCCUCACUUUCCUGGCGCCGUGCUUUAGCACCCGACGCAGUCGCCUCCACCUCCUCUACUUUUCUUACUAAAGGCAGGGGUAAUUCGGCGCUAAUAACGUGUAACGCGCAGUCGGCUCCGUCGGCGGUUAAUUUGGCUCCGGGAACUCCGGUCAGGCCAACGAGCAUACUGGUGGUGGGUGCAACGGGCACAUUGGGCAGACAGAUUGUGAGGAGAGCACUAGACGAGGGAUAUGAUGUCAGGUGCCUCGUCAGGCCUCGCCCUGCCCCUGCUGAUUUUCUUCGUGACUGGGGUGCAGCUGUUGUUAAUGCAGACUUGAGCAAACCUGAGACCAUACCAGCAACACUGGUAGGCGUACAUACGGUUAUUGACUGUGCUACAGGACGUCCGGAAGAGCCCAUAAAAACUGUAGAUUGGGAAGGAAAAGUUGCUCUUAUACAAUGUGCAAAGGCCAUGGGAGUCCAAAAAUAUAUUUUCUUUUCAAUCCACAACUGUGAAAAGCAUCCUGAAGUUCCACUUAUGGAGAUCAAGUACUGCACUGAGAAGUUUCUUCGCAGUUCAGGCUUGAACCACGUAACUAUCCGGCUUUGUGGUUUUAUGCAGGGACUGAUUGGACAGUAUGCAGUGCCCAUACUGGAAGAGAAAUCUGUUUGGGGCACUGAUGCUCCUACAAGAAUAGCAUACAUGGACACCCAGGAUAUUGCCAGGCUAACAUUUAUAGCUAUACGCAAUGAGAACAUCAACGGAAAACUUCUUACUUUUGCUGGACCUCGUGCAUGGACUACCCAAGAGGUGAUAACAUUGUGUGAGAGGCUUGCUGGUCAAGAUGCAAAUGUUACGACAGUUCCAGUCUCCGUUUUGAAGUUUACUCGUCAGCUGACUCGUCUAUUUGAAUGGACCAGUGAUGUUGCUGAUAGAUUGGCAUUUUCAGAGGUUCUUAGCAGUGAUACUGUAUUCUCUGUGCCGAUGGGGGAGACAUACAAUAUUCUUGGAGUGGAUGCGAAAGAUAUUAGUUCACUGGAGAAAUAUCUGCAGGAUUAUUUUGCUAACAUUUUGAAGAAGUUGAAAGACAUCAAAGCACAGUCUAAACAAUCAGACAUUUACUUCUGAGCCGGGUACGGUACACACACACACCUUCAUGUCUUCCUUGUAAAAUAGUUUACGGCUUCCUUGCGUUAAUUGUAUGUAUAACUUGUUUGUAUAUGUGUUGCAUGCUUUAUUUUUUUUGUAUUCGCAUAUCUCUAUUAUAUAAUACAACUCAAAUACUGGCCUGGUGUGUGACAUCUAAUUUACUCAUUUGUCACCCCAUAAGAAUGAAGUCCACAUCAUCUGAUCG